UUAAACACUCUGCUGCCGUCUCAGCUUUCACCAUGUUUCUUUCUUUGUGUCUGGCGAGCAUCACAGUUGUGCUGUUUGAAGGUUUCUUGGCAUCAGGUGACAGAAAUCUAGUGCGAGGAGUGGUGGGCCAGAACAUCACUUUACCCUGUAAUUACUCUACUGACAAACAUGGGAUUACAAGUACAUGCUGGGGGCGAGGAAUUUGUCCCACUUUUAAAUGUUCUGAUACAAUUGCCUUGACUGAUGGACAAUACGUAACGUACAGACAACCCAGCAUGUACCAACUAACAGGAAAUAUUCAUCAAGGUGAUGUGGCACUGACCAUUGUGAAUGUAACCGAAACAGCGAGAGGGAUGUAUUGUUGUCGUGUGGAAAUCAAAGGCUGGGGCAAUGAUCAGAAAACCCAUGUGCAAGUUGUGAUUGAGAAGGCUACCAUGCAUUUCACUGAAUUCAUUCCUUUGGAAUCAACAUGGUCACCCAGUACAGAAUCACCACCCGAUAAUGUUUCUCUAUAUUUUCCCACACUGGUAAAAGAGCAAAGGAAGCCAAAAACCUGGUCAGGCAUAUACAUUGGAAUGGGUGCAAUAUUCUUAUUCAUCAUUCUAGGUGUGAUUCUCCUGCUACUAAAGUGGUAUCUGCCAAAGAAUCAAAAGAUGAUUAUUUUUACAAGGCAGGCAGAAUUCUCAGACUCAGCAACUGGAGGAAUUCAGCACAUUGUGGAAUCUGGGGUCCGUGUUCAGGAAAAUAUUUAUGAGUUGAACUUGGGCAUCCUAUCCCAAACAGUAGUAAGAGGGGUAGUGGGCCAGGAAAUCACAUUGCCGUGUACCUACAGUGUUCAAGAUGGCACAACUCACAUGUGCUGGGGCCGAGGCGCCUGUCCAAAUUCUAAAUGCAGUAAUGAAAUUCUCCGUACAAAUGGAAUGCAAGUGACAUCAAGAACUUCAAGCAGGUAUCAGCUAAAAGGUCGGGUUAACAGAGGAGAUGUAUCUCUAACCAUUGCAAAUCUGAAAGAAGGAGAUAAGGGAACAUAUUGCUGUCGUAUUGAAGUCCGUGGGUGGUUUAAUGACUUGAAGAAAACCUUGAAUCUACAGGUUGACAGAGCAACAACCACAACCUUCCAAACAACUACCACAACCAAAUCUCAUACCAUUCCUAUCACAACUACAUCUGUUCCACUAAUAAUAACAAUGUCUUCCCCAACAACUCCUCUUUUCUUAACAACUAACCCUCCUUCUUUGGCAGUUCCUACUGUUGCCCCAUUAUCCACUAAAUUUCCACUAAUGACUACAGCUUCUGUGAAAGAAGACACUGAGUUUUUGACCAGUGAUCCUCCAGCCGUCAACAUCAAUCUUUCAACAACUAGUCUACAGAGAAUGUAUGACUAUUACUUUCCUACCACAGAAUCAGAGAUUGCCACUUCUAUUGCAGUAGUUACAUCUCCUCCAUCUACACUGCUGACCCACAAGAAUACUGAAAACUUUGACAACUGCCCCACAUCAGGUAGAAUUAUCAUUACAACUAAUAAAGAGACAAUCACAACUUAUCUUGCAUCUAUAACCAACAUAUCUCAUAUAGUUGCUAUGCCAUCUACUAAGGCUCCCCUGACAACCACACUUACCACCCCAACAACUUCUCUUGCUACAGAAGCUGUUGCAGGGAUAGCACAUCCCCAGACAAUACUUGCACAUAAUCACAUAUACAUUCCAAUUUCUUGUGCCGUUGUGGUUCUUGUACUACUCUUGAUGCUACUGGUAUUACUAGUGAAAAGAAAAAAGAUAAGAAAAUAUCAGCUCAGCAAAACAAAAAGCUUAAAUGAACUGGAAGAACCUGAAUUGCUCCUUACUGGAACAGAAGAGGAAAAUGGACUCUUUGCUCUGUAGAACAUCUCCAUUCCUGUUUUCAGCCUUGCUACAAUAUCUGUAAAAAGGAACAUUUCAAAGAAACAUUCCGGAAUAAUGAACCUCUAAAUGAUACUAGGCAGUAUCAUUGCUUUCAUUGUGCUUCCACCUGCCAGUUAACCUGUCCUUCCCCAGCAUCACUACUAUUCUACUGGAAUGUCUUUUCUGGUUCCAUCUUAAACUAUAAGAUCUCAGGGCAAAAAUGAGUUGUAUCCAAUGGCAACCAGGCAGGUAGCAGAGCUUCAAGAACAGGACUUUCCUAGUAACAUAUCCCACUGUAGCCCAUUACUCCUGCUGAAACACUGCCCCCAGGGUUCACCCCCUACCCCUAGUCUGUGUUGGGUACACAGUUUGCAUUGUGAUGGGGAAAUAUCCUUGAGGAAGAACAUGACCAUAGGAUAAAUAUACAUGAAAUGUCUAUGUUUUGUGUUAAGCAGAUUGUAGGCACAAA